AUGACGUUGGUUCAUGGCGAUAGCGAUAGAUCAAUUUCGUUCUCGACUCACAGCGAACAGCAAGUCUUGGACGUUUCUUUAGAAGCGUGGGGGGGAGAUGGAUGGAAAAGAUUGGAGAAAGGGAGAGGAGGGGGGAGAAGGAAAGGAGAAGGUGAGGUUGGGAUUGGGUGGGGAGAGGGAAAGCCAAAGUGGGCUGUUGUUGCUCCGUGCACUUUUUCUUCCGUUCCUCCCUCCUCUAUUCGGAUCGCCCAAUUAGGCCUUGCCGAUGCACAGGUGGCAAACCCGUCUCGGUGGACUCUCAGUAGCAUACUACACUACUUGACGGUGCUAUCUAUGAGGAUUUCGAGGAGCACAGUAAACCUUCCAGGUAGCAAAGAAACUCCGGGGCAUAAUGGGAAUCUCGCAGGACAAACGAAUCACGAUGAGAACAGCGAUACUUGA